CCUUUUCUCCUCCCUUAUCUCCCAAAAGGAAACUGUUGCUAGUUGGAAUAGCCUUUUUAAAUGUUUGGGAUUCAAGAUACUUUAGGAAGAGGACCAAUUCUGAAAGAUAAAUCUCUAGGUUCUGAAAUGGAUUCCGUCAGGUCCUGGGUCAGAAACGUUGGGGUUGUGGAUGCAAACGUAGCAGCACAAAGCGGAGUAGCUUUGUCCAGAGCUCACUUUGAAAAGCAGCCACCCUCCAACUUGAGGAAAUCCAAUUUCUUUCACUUUGUUCUGGCUCUCUACGACAGACAGGGGCAGCCCGUGGAAAUAGAGAGGACAGCUUUUGUGGACUUUGUAGAAAAUGAUAAAGAGCAAGGCAAUGAAAAGACAAACAACGGCACGCAUUACAAACUCCAACUGCUUUAUAGCAAUGGUGUCAGGACUGAACAGGAUCUGUAUGUUAGACUCAUCGAUUCAGUCACUAAGCAGCCCAUAACUUACGAAGGACAGAAUAAGAAUCCUGAAAUGUGCAGAGUUUUGCUUACCCAUGAAGUCAUGUGCAGUCGGUGCUGUGAGAAGAAAAGUUGUGGCAACAGAAAUGAGACUCCGUCUGACCCCGUGAUCAUUGACAGGUUCUUCUUAAAAUUUUUUCUCAAGUGCAAUCAGAAUUGCUUGAAAACAGCAGGAAACCCAAGAGAUAUGAGACGGUUCCAGGUUGUGCUAUCAACAACAGUGAAUGUUGAUGGACACGUACUGGCAGUGUCCGACAAUAUGUUUGUUCACAACAACUCCAAGCAUGGACGGAGAGCAAGGAGACUUGACCCCUCAGAAGCCACACCAUGCAUCAAAGCAAUCAGCCCAAGUGAAGGUUGGACUACAGGGGGAGCGAUGGUGAUCAUUAUUGGAGAUAACUUCUUUGAUGGGCUGCAAGUUGUAUUUGGAACCAUGCUUGUAUGGAGUGAGCUUAUCACGCCUCAUGCCAUUCGAGUUCAGACACCUCCACGUCACAUUCCCGGGGUGGUUGAAGUGACAUUAUCAUACAAAUCCAAACAGUUUUGCAAAGGCGCACCAGGCAGGUUUAUUUACACAGCUUUAAAUGAACCUACCAUAGAUUAUGGUUUCCAAAGACUGCAAAAGGUCAUCCCAAGACAUCCUGGUGACCCCGAAAGACUAGCUAAGGAAAUGCUAUUGAAACGAGCUGCUGACCUAGUUGAAGCACUGUAUGGAACACCACAUAACAACCAGGACAUCAUUCUGAAACGAGCUGCAGACAUCGCAGAAGCUCUCUACAGUGUACCAAGGAAUCCCGCACAGAUCCCCGCACUGUCUAGCUCUCCUGCUCACAGCAGUAUGAUGGGAAUUAACUCCUAUGGUAGCCAGUUAGGAGUCAGCAUUUCAGAGUCAACACAGGCGAACAACCAAGGUUAUAUUCGUAACACAAGCAGCAUCUCACCCCGCGGUUACUCAUCCAGUUCCACACCUCAACAGUCCAAUUACAGCACUUCCAGCAAUAGCAUGAAUGGCUACAGCAAUGUCCCCAUGUCAAACCUGGGCGUUCCAGGCUCACCUGGAUUCAUUAACGGCUCUCCAACAGGAUCCCCCUAUGGAUUAAUGUCUUCAAGUCCAACAGUUGGCUCCUCCAGCACUUCUUCCAUCCUUCCAUUCUCCUCUUCCGUCUUUCCUGCUGUCAAACAGAAGAGUGCCUUUGCUCCUGUCAUCAGACCCCAAGGGUCUCCUUCUCCUGCCUGCUCUAGUGGCAAUGGAAAUGGGUUUAGAGCCAUGACUGGUCUUGUCGUUCCCCCGAUGUAAGGAAGAGGCAGCUUUGCUCCUCUCCCUCUUCCCUUUUUUCCUCUUUUUUUCAUUUUUCUUUUACAGCACAAAACUACUUAUUGUGAUGGACCACUAAAAAGAAAAAAAUAGCACUACAAGCUCUUUUUUGGGGGAAAGCCAGGCCCAGGAAAAAAAAUAAAGGAACAUUUUUUAUGGAUUGGACAAGAUAGAAGUCUGCAUCUUUUACCUGUUUCAUAUUUCUGACACAACCACGUCAACUCCUAAAACAUUGUGAAUGAAGAAUCAGCCAAGAGCCAGGACGAACAACAGUUGGCAGAAUGGAAUCAGAAAUGCAAAGUCUUUCUUGAAAGACAUGAAACCUUCCUAAGAUUUGUAAAAUAUUAAAAGGAGAAAGAAAUUGGCAAAAUGAUUCAAGCUUGAUAUUUUGGAUACAAUUUGUUUUACUUUGUAGGGGAAAAAAGUUGAAGUUUCUAUUUUCUAUGGAGCCUUUCAGAUAUCGAUUUAGUUUAUGCAGAAAAAAAAUUCAACAAAACAGGGUACCAGCAUGAAAGAAUUUCUAGGACAAACUGACAUGAAUGAUGGAACUUUGGUGUAUGUGUGUAUUUGCUUAUAGUUUAACCUCUUUAAAAAAUGUAAGAUGUUUUACAAUUAUUUAAAUAAAUAAACUUGUAACUUAUUGUAUGUAGAGGUAGAAAUUAAACCCUUUUUUGGAUUUUUUCCUCCAGUUGUACAAUGAAGAAAAAUGAUGCAAAAAUGUAGUGAUAAGUUUGAGAUAUAUUAUGACUGCUGCAAUUGCUCCUCACUUCUUCCCUCUUACUGAAUUCAUGUGCAAGGAUGUAUAGGAUUCUUUCUGAUUAGCAAAAUCAUCAGAAACUUUUACAUACGUUGUGGUAUACAGGUCACUAAUUCACGUAAGAAUUUUCAUCUUCCUCAACUUUCCCCCUUCCAUUUUUUGUUUCAAUUAAAAUAUUCAGGUACUAAGAUUAACUGGUAAGUUUCAAAGACCCUACUGGCAAAUGAGUGGCACUUAGGGAUUUGAACGAAUUGGAUUUUUCAUGAGGUACUGAGUUUAUUUUAUAGAUUCAAUGUAUGAAAUAGGAGGGAAAGGGUCCUCCAACAUAUUGUUUUUCCAUGUAGUUAGAACACCUUAAGUUCAGUUAUACUUCAUAUUAAGGGUGCAUUUAUAAAGGGUAAAUAUGUAUUUGAAUAAUUUAUGCACUUUUAUUCUGAGUCAUUAAAAAUGGUAAGUAUUUUCCAUUUAUAUAUUGAAGUUCAUAGAAGUAAUCAAUUGCUUUGAAUUUUUCUGCAUUUUAGUGUAAAAAAAGUUUAGUUCUCCUUUGCAUCUCCUCUCCUAAAAUUGGAAGGUGAGAACAAGUCUGAUAAAAAAAAUCAUCAGUUAUGUGACUAAACCAGAGACCACUCAAAAGAAUUUGACUGUUGGAAAGCCAUUUUUAGAGGAAAAAAAAAUCAGCUACACUACUUACACCCCACUAAAAUACACACAAUUCAUAGCUGCAUGAAUAGUUGUUCCUACGGUAACAUCGUUAUGUGAAUAAAUAAACCCUUAAUAUAUGGCCCCUGAAACUGUACUUGUCCAUUUGCCCAGUAGUUUUAUCGAUGGGUAAGUAAAAUAGUGUUCUUGGUAAUCCUUAUAUAUGAUAGAUGUUCAAUGCAGUACUGGACUCGGGAUGGUGAACAACUGUGACAACUUGCAUGGCUGAGGUAAUUUGGAGCUCAUUUGGAUUAGUAAUAGACUAGAAAGCCUCUAUCUAGAUCCAUGGUUCAAAUCCAGCUGCAAUGAUUAGUGACUAAGAGGCUCGGUGGUGUGUGUGGUGUAUGACUUGAGAGACCCUCACCUAAUGGACAGGCUUUUGGCAUAGGAGCGCGUUUUGCAAACAUGUAAAAUCAUUCCCUUUGAUAGCCCAGUGCAGGAAAGCUGACUGCCUGUGAGCCUACUGCUGGUGCAGACUGCGUGAGAGCAGGUCCUCCCUCAAGGUCAGUUUUCAGUGUAGCAUACAGUUCAGCUUAGGAGAGAAACGUAUUUAGUGAACCUGGAGAUUUACAGGAUGCGUUUCUUAACCAGAACACAGCACGGCAGAGAAGCCAGGGGACUGGAAAGACAAUGAAACUGGGCUACUCCUGUCAUUCCUCAAGAUGAUGCACUUGUUGGGAAGCUGCUUUGUACUUACUACUCCUGGUUUUGGUAGGGGCUUCAUUAGGUGCAUUUCCAAUGCUAUUGGGUUCAGUUUUUAAAAGGUGGAGGGGGUUUACUGUCUUCUAACAGUCAAGGCCAAAUUUAUCUUAUAGGCAAAAAUGGCAAUUAGAAGCAACUUUAAAGAGAGAUUUGGUGAGAAUAAUGUGUUUUUAAGAAGCAUCAAUAUAGUGAGUCAGUGUCUUACGGUCAGGUUACUAGAAGUGUCUACUUUCCAGAAAAGAUGAAAUAAAAUAACUCACUGUUAAUUAUGGUUGCAAGUUCAUUGACACCACAGGUUCUCUGCACGCCCUUCAUGCCAUCAAAGAAGUAGCAAUCACUGGAGGUCAGCGAGGCAACAAGCCUUGAAGCCAAGGGAUCUCUGAAAUAGGAAAGAAUCACAGGUGUUAGGAAGUCUGGAGUUGUAACUGUGUUCUGCUGUACGUUCACCUUUGAUAACACAACAGGGCACACUGUCUAAACCUCAUCAUUGAUAUUCAGAACAAAACCCCAAAAAAUAAUUAUUUCAUAUAUUCAUAGGUACCAGCAGGCUGAGAGUGGGAGGUCCAAAUUCAUGUUUGGAAUUCUGCAUGCAUACAGGAAAAAAAUAGAUUAAGGAUUAUUAGAGUUGGGAUUAAGACUUCCAUAAAUUUCAGUGAAUACUACACUGAGUCCUACAUUUCAAAAAAAUACCUUGAUGGACCAGGCUCAUUUCUGAUACAUCAUCUACCUUCCCCCAUUUUGACCUACUAAAAAACCCCAAACAGUUCCAAAGCAUAAAGAUGGUGGAUUUUUUUUCCUCCACCCUUCUCUGUAGAGGCUACUUUUAAAAUUCUAUCAUCUCUGCUUAGACUCAAAAUUCUAUGCCCAGCAAAUAUUCCAGAUAAAUAGGAAUUUCUAGACCACAUGCUGAAGAGCAGCAGCUUGCUACCUUAAUUCCUCUCACAUUUUUUACAAAUAAGCUUUUCAUUACAAAAAUCUUAGUCAGGAAGGUUUCCAAUAAAAAACCUGAAACAGUUCAUGGAAAAAGCUAUUCUGUUAAUUGUCCACUCUUCUUUUUUUAUUAUUGCUUAGUCAGCAUAGGCACAUAAAAAAGAUCACUGAAGUCUCGGGAAGAUUCAGGGGAAAAAAAAAUGGCAGGCUGGCUAAAAAAAAGGAAAGGUUCUGAAACGUUCAACAUUCCUUUCACCCUUCAGUUAUUUUUAUUAGCUCCAUCCAGUUGCUCAAGUGGGAGAGCCAUGAGUCCAAAUGAAAAAAAAAGAGAACCUCCCUAGAAAGCUACUUCAAGUACUUACGGGAAGAGAAACAAGUGUAGCUGCCUAUGUUGAUGUAAACAUGGAAAAUGACUACUUCUGGUUUGAUUUGAGCCAAACAAAUGAAAAAAUUAAACAUGGGAAUGGUUUAGAACAUGGAUUUUGGUCAUGCACGGAAAUCAUCGUACUCAAGAUGAGUGUAGAACUUACUGGUAGCUUUACAAAGAAAAAUGUGUGUAAAUAAAUACAAUCAGAAAUCCUUGACCAUGAAAGAAGGACUUUGGCAGUGGCAAAGCACCCAGCAAAAAGGAAAAGUAAUGUAAAAAUUUAUGUGUGAGGAUUUUUUCAGUGUAAUAAGCAAAUCUGUCCUCUUUUAGUUAUUGCUGUUUACUAUUCCCUAACAGCUUUCCUUUUUGCCACUAGAAAGAUGAAAGUGUUGCGAUAGGUAACUACAAAUUUUAUCAUAACUUUGAAAGAGUAUGUUUUAUUUCAUUAUUUAUCUUGGUAUAGCAUCUUACUCUCCCUAUUUCUUUGCACACUUCCAAUAUGCAUGGUUUUUAAAGACCGUUUUCUCCCUUCUGUAAAUUAAGGCCUCAUUUCUCCCUACUGUAUAGUUUUGGGGUUCGUUUGGGGUUGGCUGGUUGUUUUUUUGGUUUUUUGCUUUGUCAGUUAUAUACGGUAUGAAGUUGCUAUGCACAGAGCUUUUGUAAAGAUAGCUUUUUUGUUUACUGUUUUUAAUGGUCCUACUUAUGGAAGACUAUCUUGUUUGUAAAAUGAAUAUGUCUACUUCAGUUUUAAACUUUAAAUUAUCCUAACAAAAAAUAAAAUUUUUGUACUGUAAACAAG